AUGAUCGAAACCGAGGAUCUUACUCCACCGUUGACUGAUGCAUACCGUCUACCGCCAGAACUUUGGCUAAAGGUCUUCAACUUUGCCACGUUGGGGGGAACAGAGCUGGAACGCGAGUUUGAUACACGGGUAGCAAGGGAUGGGCUCUACGACAAUGACCGUGUAGGCCAUGUUUCUUCUCUCAAGCGAGCGCAAGCUGCUCGCCUCAACAUCGCCCUCGUAUGUAGGACAUGGUACGACCUAUCCGUUCACCACCUAUAUCGUUCAAUGCGGGUCACGAGACCUGGUAAUCUGAUUCCCCUCACGAACACACUCUUGAAGCCGCUCCCAAUAACAGCAGACGAAACCCCUCGUCGGUUGGGAGAGCUUACACAACGCCUGGACAUCGUCCUCCACUUCUCGUGCGUCAAGAAGGGAGAUGAUCCACCACCGGAUGAUUCCCGCCCAAGUCUACCGGAGUUUUUGAUAUCCCUUCCCCGUCUCACCAGCCUUGUGCUUGAUUGCCAACUCGUCUCGUUACCCAGUCCCUUGCCAGUGGCUUCCAGUGAAUUCUACGUCCCUUCCUCCUUGAUAGAUGACCUCUGCACCCACAUGUCCGGGUUGACAUCUCUUGAGAUACGCAGGCUCUCCCUUCACUGGAGGGAUGCAGAACGAAUAUUGCGGCGCAUCCCUGACCUUCGUACCUUGUCUGGCACCUACAUUGGCUUCCCAGCGUCUUUUGAUAGUCCGGGUCUUUCAUCGCCUUCCAUUAUUCCAUCCCUCCACACCCUUUCGCUCAAGAGCAUGAACCACCACACGCGCGUUGAGCCCAACUGUCUUCCGAAUUUGCGCCAUAUCACACUUAGAGACGACAGAUUUCUGAACGACACACGCAACGAAUCAUUUUUACGGUCCGUUGGACACACCCUCGACACUGUUCACUGCGCCAUCGGAGACAGGAAGAUUCAGUCGCGAAUUUGGAAGAUAGGCAGAUACUGCCCUAACUUACAGCGUCUAGUGCUCUCCAUACCAGAACGCACCUUCUUUGAUUCCCAGUCUUUCCCUCUGCCCCUACAGCUCGCGCUUCCGCCGAUCACAUGCCUCGGACUGAGGACGUCUGCCUCUGCAGACUCGUCCGAUGACGUCUCCUACACGCAUAUAUGGCGUUCGCUUCGAAAGAUCCACAGGCUCGCCCCAUCCGUCGGCGUUGUCCAGUUCCUGAACAUUGACGUUUGUCACGGGGAGGCGUUGGAGAACGUUCCUUCUGAUUUACUACAUCUGAAGUUCGAGUACUACUACAGGAAUUAAAGCCUUUACGCGUCGGAACCAUACGGCUUGAAAAGCAGUCUUACUUUAUACCUGGCCUAACGUUGCUAGCUACAUACAGCCUUUUUGAUACGGGCUCAAACUUAUGGCUUCAUCGUUACAGAUUGUACUCUAGUGUAUUCUGUUGAAAUUCAUCAUGCAUAUUGCUCAC